AUGUUCUUUUCUAAUCAAGCUUCCCAAGUUUUACGAGAUGGUGCCUCUGAGGAAAAAGGCGAGCGGGCACGCUUGAUGAACAUUAUGGGUGCUAUUUCCGUGGCAGAUAUUGUCAAAACAACUUUGGGACCUAAGGGGAUGGACAAAAUUCUACAAGGAAUGGAUCGAACUCAAAGUGUUAGGGUAACUAAUGAUGGUGCUACUAUUCUCAAGUCGUUGAUUAUGGACAAUCCAGCUGCAAAGAUUCUAAUUGAUAUGAGUAAUACCCAAGACGAUGAGGUCGGUGAUGGAACUACUAGUGUUACUGUUUUAGCAGGUGAGCUCCUUCGUAACGCUGAGAAACUUCUAGAUCAAUCUAUUCAUCCACAAACAAUUAUUGAUGGUUAUCGCAUGGCAAGCAUAGCCGCCCAAGAAGCUCUCGUUGCUUCCACGGAGGACCAUGGUAACAAUAAAGAACUUUUUUAUGAAGAUCUUAUUCGAAUUGCUAAGACUACGCUAAGCUCUAAAAUUAUUACUGUGGAAUCGGAGCAUUUUGCCAAGCUUUGCGUCGAUGCUGUUCUUCGCCUUAAGGGGAGUGGUAACCUUGAGAUGAUUAAUAUUAUGAAAAAACUUGGUGGUACGUUGCGUGACAGCUAUUUGGAGCCUGGAUUUCUUUUGGACAAAAAAAUCGGAAUUGGACAGCCUCGCUAUCUUGAGAACGCCAAAAUUCUUGUCGCUAAUACUCCCAUGGAUACAGAUAAGAUCAAAAUAUUUGGCGCAAAGGUUGCUGUUGAAAGCGUUGCUGAGCUGGCCGAGGUUGAAGCUUCAGAGAAAGCUAAAAUGAAGGAUAAGUGCAUGAAGAUCAUAAAACACGACAUUAAUUGCUUUAUAAACCGUCAGCUUAUUUACAACUAUCCGGAAGAAAUUUUUGCACAGCAUGGGAUCAUGGCCAUUGAGCAUGCAGACUUUGAUGGAAUUGAGCGCCUUGCGAAGGCUCUUGGUGCUGAUGUUGUUUCAACUUUUGACGAAACAGCUAACGUUCAAUAUGGUUUUGCUCAGCGCAUUGACGAAUUCAUGAUUGGUGAGGGGACAGUGAUCCGUUUUUCUGGCCUACCGAAGGGUGAGGCGUGUACUAUUGUUCUUCGAGGUACGUCGCGUCACAUCUUGGACGAGGCUGAGAGAUCCAUUCAUGAUGCUCUAUGCGUAAUUUCUGAGACUAUUAAGGAGACGCGUACUGUCCUCGGUGCGGGUUGUUCUGAGUUUUUAAUGGCACAGUCAGUUGAGGACAAGGCAAAAUUGGUUCCUGGGAAGAAACAAUUGGCAAUGCUGGCAUUUGCCACUGCUCUUCGAACCAUUCCCUCAAUUAUUGCAGACAACGCCGGCCUUGACAGCAAUGAUCUGGUGACACGUCUGCAGGCUGCUCACUAUAAAGGUGAUCGCACUUACGGAAUCGAUGUCAUAAAGGGCGAUAUUGCUGACGUUAAAGAGCUUGGCAUUACUGAAUCCUACAAGGUAAAAAGCUCUGUUGUUGCAUAUGCAUCUGAGGCAGCUGAAAUGAUUUUGCGUGUUGAUGAUGUUCUUCGUGCUGUCCCUCGCCAACGUACACGAGAGUAA